AUGUUUAUGCUAAGAGUCUCCAGGAGAGGGUUGGCUACUGCCACUAGUGUGCCUCGGUUAAAGACGUUCAAGAUUUAUAGAUGGAACCCUGAUAAACCCACUGAGAAACCACAUCUGCAAGAGUACAAAGUCGACCUGGAAGACUGUGGUCCCAUGGUGCUGGACGCUUUGCUGAAGAUUAAGAAUGAGCAGGAUGCCACUUUGACCUUCAGAAGAUCCUGCAGAGAAGGUAUCUGUGGUUCCUGUGCCAUGAACAUCGGCGGUGCCAACACGCUGGCCUGUCUGUGCAAAAUCGACCAGGACGAGAGCAAGACCACGAAGAUAUACCCACUGCCUCACAUGUUCAUCGUCAAGGACCUGGUCCCAGACUUAACAGGUUUCUACCAGCAGUACAAGUCCAUCCAGCCUUACUUGCAAAGAACAGAUUACCCUGCAGACGGUAAGGAAGUGCUGCAGUCCAUCGACGACCGUAAGAAGCUGGACGGUCUGUACGAGUGUAUAUUAUGUGCAUGCUGUUCCACCUCGUGUCCUUCCUACUGGUGGAACCAAGAAGAAUACCUGGGUCCUGCCGUCUUGAUGCAGGCAUACAGGUGGUUGAUCGACUCCAGAGACCAGGCCACCAAGGCCAGAAGAACAAUGCUGCAGAACUCAAUGUCCCUGUACAGAUGCCACACCAUCAUGAACUGUACCAGAACAUGUCCUAAGGGUCUAAACCCUGGCCGCUCAAUCGCGGAAAUCAAGAAGCAAUUGGCCUUCGACUAA